GGGAGAAGCGCGGGGUCGGACUGGGGAAGAGGGAUUGCAGGUGAAAGAGUAAGGGUGUCACUGGGGUUAUCCGAAGCAGGGUUUGUGUUAAUGAACGGGACGAGCGCACUGUGAUUAGCUGCGCGGUGAUCUCUCUACCGCUGGGUCCGAUUUUUACAACCGAACCGAACCCGCAACAAUACCGUCUUCUCACCGCGAUCCUACCCGACCCAAACCCUCAAGUGUUUGUUCUUUACCGACUGUCUUCGUCGACGGACUCUCUCACAUUCACACACAUGUGCUUGCGGGGAGAUGUGUGCCAGCUUUGUGGCUGUCGUUCACAAAAAAUAUGAUGACAGACUUUAAAGCAGCGAAUCCAGUCAGACGUUAAUUAUUCCGAAAUAGUGACUCAUUUCUGAUUGACCUCUCGCACUGUUAUCCACUGCGUGAUAUAAAUCCUGCGCUACUGCUUGUUUCACCUCGUCCACAGACAUUUGUAAUGUCACCAAGGAGACGCGCUGAAAGCAUCUUGCGACUUAUCAAACAAGCCACAAUACAAACCAGAACAUAGCUGCCUCCUGGGUAAUGCAGGGAAUGCAUCUAGCUUUACGUGUGGGAAAGGGUUACAGACGAGAAGGCUGAAGGGACAGAAAACGUUUUUGGGUGAUUUCAAAUUCACAUCUGAGCCUGUCCACGAAAAUUACAUUUUUUUUUUUUUUUUUUACCCGAAACGCAAACCGCGAAAAAGUUCACAUUCGGACCCGACUCAAGCAGGACUCAACCCCGCGACUCCACUGGGACUUGCAGGGUAUCUGUUUGCAAUGUUGUGAAAUGCCGCUCAGCACAGCAGUCUGGACGGUUAGGAGACGUUUUAAAUAUAAUCCGUAAUGAGACGCCGCGCAGUCGGGUAACUGCUGCUAUAAAUAUGCGGCCAGCCAUGAUAAUAAAACAUUUUUAGCGUCGUCAUCAUUUAGCAGUGUGAGCAUCACAAAGAAAGACAGGACUGCUACUUUUCCAAAGCUUGUGUCAGGCACAUAGACUGUCUCAGUAUGUGCUGUGUGGCAGCUCACUCACAACUCCAGUGAUUAUACACAAGUGAAUCAGUCUGCACUCUGUGAUAUGAAACACUUAUCCUGGGGACACUAAUCCUGUUGUUUUAUAAGCGCUGUCUGCGUAACUCUGAGAGCCAGGCCUGCCGGGAGGGGAGGGGGCAGGUAAACCAGCUCAGCAGCAGGCUGUUGCUCUGCACUCCGACCAGCCCCCCACAGGGAGCCGCGACGCAUGCAGCCAGCUCUCCAAUUACAUGACUUUCUGCAGGUUGGGACAAAUAGAAAGCACCUGAAGAUUGGCUCCUUGAACCUUGGAAGAGGUAUUACGAAGAAGGGGAGAGAGGACAGGGAGCCGUUUGUUUCUCUGAGCCAGUGAGCGCACGCUCACACUCGCAGAGGGUCAGGCCAGUCCUGUGUUGCACCCUCUCUGCAGUGAGUAUGGGCCCCUCUGUGGAUUGGACUCUGGGCCUGUGAUUCUCCUCUGUCAGGCAGCCUCUAUCAGCUGCCUCGCUGCCUCCCUUCUAGAAGGAUCUCUUCCCCGCACCCCCUUCUCCAGCGCUGGGUCCCGGAUGUGCCCCCUCGCUGACCCAGCCCAGUGAUGCUCCAGACCAGUAACUACUCACUGGUGCUGCUGGUGCAGCUCCUGCUACUCACCUUCGACCUCUUUGUGAACUCCUUCAGUGAGCUGCUGAGAACCGCCCCCGUCAUACAGCUGGUGCUCUUCAUUAUCCAGGACAUUGCGAUCCUGUUCAAUGUGAUCAUCAUACUGCUGAUGUUCUUCAACACCUUCGUGUUCCAGGUGGGGCUGGUCACCCUGCUGCUGCAGCGCUUCAAAGGGCUGCUCAUCGUGUCUGCCUUCUACCUGGGGCUGAGCAUAGCCUUCCACGUGUGGGUGCUGAACCUACGCUGGCAGAACUCUGACCGGUACGUGUGGACAGAUGGGCUGCAGGCUCUCUUUGUGUUCCAGCGCCUCAUGGCCGUGCUGUACUAUUACUUCUACAAGCGCACUGCAGAGUGUCUGGGAGACACGCGGCUCUAUGAGGACUCUGCCUGGCUGCGCCAUCAAUUCUCCCGCGGCAGGAUGUGAGGUCAGCGAGGCACUGACUGCACCGUGUCCUGUGUAAGGAAAUGAAGAGACAGCCUGUGAACAGAAAGGGGGUGAGAUUGUCCAGCUUCUCCCUCAGGAGAAAAGAGAUACUGUCCUCUUCAGUGCUGGUCCCAGCAUCAGUGGACUCCUCCGAACUCUGUGUGUGUGUGUGUGGAGGGUUUAUUUUUUAUAAUGGAAUAUGGUUGGAUUGGAUAUGCUUUUAUAACUUGAAGUGCUGAUGGUUUUUUGUAAUGCUUUUGUAUUCAAUUCCCAGUUGUAUAUGAGAAUGUGUUUGUUUUUCCUACACUGACUCGCUGUCUGUUACCUGCUGCUGUUCCAGUUUUACUUUUACAUUACACAUUACCGUGGGCUGCACGAUUCCACUGCAGGCACAGUGAAGUGACAGGAAGAGUUCGCUGCUCAUCUCACACCUUCAGUCCAGGCCGCUGGGGUUCAGAGACCGGGCAACGGCAGACCUGGGCUUUGCAACAUCCAAAACAAUUCAAAACUUGAACAGUGGGUUCGUGGUUUUGUUCUGAUUUCACAUUGUACACAAUUUUAAUGUGUAAUAAAAAAAGCAAGCUGAUUUUAUCUUUC